AUGAAGGGCUACCACUUCGAGUCCAACCCGGUAGCGAAUCCGGAAUCUGUCAUUCUGGGACCAAACUACCGCUUCGUAGUCCUGAGCGAUGCCCUAAUUCGGUACGAGUGGGCGCACGACGGCAAGUUCGAAGAUCGUGCAUCCACCUUCGCUAUCAAUCGGGACCUGCCAACACCCAAGUUCCAGAAGGUCGAGCGCGAUGACGAGCUCGAGAUUAUCACCGACCACUUCCACAUUAGCUAUGACAAGAAGCGGUUCUCACCAUCAGGCCUCCUUGCCAGUUUCUCUGCCAAAGUCACUCUCUGGGGAGCCCAGUGGCGGUACUCGGACGACGAAGGUGCCGGGAACGUUGCUAACCUUGGUGGCACGGCAAGAACUCUUGAUGAAGUCGACGGCCGUUGUGCUCUUGGUGUCGGCGUGCUUUCAAAAUUCGGAUAUGCAACGAUCGACGACAGCAAGUCGAUGUUGUUCGACGGCAAGGGAUUUGUGGCCGGUCGACUACCCGGCGAUCGCGUCGAUGGAUAUCUCUUCGCACACGGUCAUGACUACAAAGCGGCGAUCAAGGCUCUCUACUCCCUGAGCGGGAGCCAGCCCCUACUCCCGAGAUGGGCCCUGGGCAACUGGUGGAGUCGAUAUUAUCGCUACGAGCAGCAGGAAUACAUCGACCUAAUGGACGAGUUCAAGAAGAAGGAGAUCCCACUUUCCGUCGCCGUCAUCGAUAUGGACUGGCAUCUCGUCAAUGACGAUCGUGUCCCACAUGCCGGCUGGACGGGAUAUACCUGGGACGACAAGAUGUUUCCUGACCCGAAGAAGUUCGGCAAGGACCUGCACGACAGGAAGCUGAAGAUCACGCUGAACGACCACCCUCAUUCUGGCGUGCAUCACCACGAGGACGCGUAUGAGAAGAUGGCUAAAUUUCUCGAUCACGACACCUCUCGCAAGAACCCAAUUCUAUUUGACCCGACGAGUCCCAAGUUCAUGGAAGCGUACUUGUCCAUCUUGCACCGCAAUAUCGAGAAAGUCGCCUGCGAUUUCUGGUGGAUCGACUGGCAGCAAGGUGCGCACACUAAGGUCCCUGGAGUAGACCCGCUGUGGCUGCUCAACCAUUUCCAUUUCCUCGACAACGCGCAUAACGGGCAACGACCCUUGAUUUUCUCGCGAUAUGCGGGACCGGGCUCGCACCGCUAUCCUGUGGGAUUUUCUGGAGAUACGAUCACGACGUGGGCGAGCCUGGCGUUCCAGCCUGAGUUCACAGCUACAGCUAGUAAUAUUGGCUACGGGUGGUGGAGUCACGAUAUUGGUGGACACAUGGGCGGCACAAGGGACGACGAACUGGUGACCCGAUGGGUGCAAUUCGGUGUCUUCUCGCCUAUCAUGCGCCUACACUCUUCCAACUCCCAGUGGACUUCCAAGGAACCAUGGAAGUACCGCAAAGAGUCGGAGAUCGUGAUUCGGAAUUUCCUGCGUCUGAGACAUCGCCUCAUUCCGUACUUGUACUCCGCGAAUGUUCGGUCGGCGACAAGCGAUGAGCCCCUCGUCCAGCCUAUGUAUUGGUCCUACCCUGAAAUCGACGAGGCGUAUCAGGUUCCGAAUCAGUAUUUCUUUGGUGCGGACCUUCUAGUUGCUCCGAUCGUGACGCCGAGGGACACGAGGACGAAUCUGGGCGCUGUCAAGGUCUGGCUACCUCCCAUGUCCGGUCGUUGGGUCGACAUCUUCACAGGCGUCGUCUACGACGGCGAGAGGGAGCUGAACAUGUACCGGGGCCUCCACGAGAUUCCCGUGAUGGCUCCCGAAGGCAGCAUUAUUCCACUAGAUGCUGAUUCAGCACCGGAGAACGGUGGCAAGAACCCCGAACGAUUCGAGGUCCUCGUCGUUGUAGGCCGAGACGGCCAAUGUAGCGUGCUCGAGGAUCCUUCAGACGACACCUCCGAGGUAGAGAAGAAAGCACCUGAGAGCGGCGAAAGAGGCAGCCUCAUCCAACUAGACCAGAAGAAGGGCACGCUCACAGCUCACGUCACGGGUAGAACUUGGAGCUUCCGCUUCCUCACGCUCAGCAAAAUCCCCAAGGACUUCAAAGUCGCAGUCGACGGCAAGGACGUCACGAAAGAAGCAGAGACCCACAUCGAGACAUUCCCCGAUACCCCGUCUAUGGUGGUGCAAAUUCCCACAUCAUCAACAACCUCCAAAGCAUCAGACAGGAAACCAACAAUCACCAUCUCCCUGGGCCCUGACCCGCAGCUGGGCGUGCACGACCAUAAACCCCGCAUUGAGCGGCUGCUGCUCGACUACCAGACCGAAUUCGAUAUCAAGGAUCGUAUAUGGAGUAUCGUUGACGACCGCAAGGGCGCAAUUAAUAUCAAGAUGGGGAAGUUGAUGAGUCUCAGUGUGGAUGAACGAUUCACGGAGCCGAUUGCCGAAUUAAUUCUUUCGGAUCAUCGUGGUAUGCACUUAUGA